AUGUCCAUGAGCUUCGUGUCCAUGGUGGAGGCAGAGCUGCCCCCGGGGUUCCGGUUCCACCCGAGGGAUGAUGAACUCAUCCGUGACUACCUCGCGCCUAAGGUCUGUGGCAGGGCUGGGUUCUCUGGCCACCGGCCACCCAUGGUUGACGUUGAUCUCAACAAGAUUGAGCCAUGGGAUCUCCCUAGGACAGCACUUGUGGGACCUAGGGAGUGGUAUUUCUUCAGCCUAAGGGACCGAAAGUACGCGACGGGGCAACGUACGAACCGGGCAACAGCGUCUGGUUAUUGGAAGGCUACAGGCAAGGACCGUGCGGUAGAGCAUCAAGGGAUGCUGGUGGGAAUGAGGAAAACGCUGGUAUUUUACAAGGGGAGAGCCCCUAAGGGAAGAAAAACGGAAUGGGUGAUGCAUGAGUACAGAGUGGAGGGUUCACAUGACCAAUCCUCCAACUUCUCCAAGGAAGAUUGGGUGCUGUGCAAAGUCAUCUGCAAGAAGAAAUCAGGAGGAGGUGGAUCAAAGUCAAGAAGCCUAGCCACCGAUGUUCUUGGCGCUACGAGUACGACAGCCUCAUCGCCACCGCCAGCAACUCUCAUGGGCAUCACACUAGCACAGGUCCAGGCUGCCAUGGACACCACCAGUGCUGGUGCCCGUGUUGCUACACUCGAUCAAGUAUACUGCUUCACAAGCUUCAAAAAUUGUGGCAGAAACAAAAAUGUUAUGGAUGCUGCUCAACGAUGCUAUCUUCCUGAUGGGGUCACAGGCAACAAUGCUAAGGGCCUGCCUGAACUUGGAAGCUGCAUUGACCCUACAGACCGUGACAAGGAUUUGCUCAAGGCAUUGUUGAGCGAUCUGGGAGAUGAGGUGGUGCCAAGCCUGCCUCCUGAGAAAGCUGCAUCUUUCAGCUCUACCUUAAUGAUGAAUUAA